AUGUUGAAUACCCAAGGGAAUAAAAACAAAACAAGGAUUAAAAUUCUCUCUAUUUUUAAGAUACAAAAUUCCCCAACUGUCGACAUAACCAUCAAAGAGCAACAACAAAUAAACUCGAUUUUACCAAUUAUUGAAGCUAAAAAACGUAUUAUGCAUGCAUUUAAUGAUUUGGAUGAUAUAUUCCUUUAUGGUCCGAUUUUGUUUGAAGAAAUAAUUUCAUCUAAUUUUAAUAUUUUUCGUUUAACUGACCAUUUUUCGCCAAAUCCAAGUACAAUAUUUUUCGAUGAAUUAAAUAGUUGCGAAUCUUCAGUACAAACUGAGGGAAUAUUUAAUAGGAGAGUUCAAAAAUGCAUUUUAGUUGACAGAUUCGUGUGUGUUGGUUUAGCUAAAUCUAUGCCUGUUUUUGAGAAAUUGACUUUAUCUGAUCAGGUGUUUUAUGUUCAUUUAUUUUUGACUAUAAUUUGUGUAAAACCGGAAUUUUAUUGCAAAAUAUGUAUGAUUACAAAAUAUUGA